AUGAGGAAGAAAGUUAUUGCAAAAAGGGCUCCUCGUGAGAAGAUUUACAAGUUACCCACAAAGCCUUCCACUCGCUCUCAAGACCGGACCUUUACCCCUUCUCCUUCUCCUCCUACCUCUCCUCCUCGCUGUGACCCCAUGGCUAGGACCAAAAACACUCCAAGGUUUUUUGCCUCUGCCAAGCCGACGCCACCACCAAAGGCCACACCUUCCAAGCCUAGCUCUUUAAAACCGAGUUCAGCAAAGCCUAGCUCCUCCAAAGGCAAACGGCAGGCGACUGAGGAACCCAUUCCCGAACCAACACAACCAAAAUCCAGGUCGGUUCCAAUGCGCUCUCAACGAGGUAACACUCAAGUCCCUCUCAAAGAUGUUAAAGAACCAGAAAUAGGACCGUUUGAUCACAAAGCUCAUUUUCUGACCUCUCAUUCAGACUAUAACCCCUAUAGAUUCAAAUCUGCCAUGAAUAAUGAUUUUUAUGAGGGAGUCAUCUAA